AUUCCACAGAUGAUCCGUGCUGUUGUAGUUUUCUGUGUUAUUGCUAGUACAAUUGCAAUCCCUGUUCCAAAAGAUUACUAUCCAAAAUCAGGAUGUGAGCAGUACGGAUGUUCUCAGAGAACUCACCUUCAACAUGAAAAAGUGAUCAGAGGUGUCGAUAACAGUGGUUUUGAAGCUCGUUUUGUGGGGUUUGAUAGAAGGAACGCUGCCGUUUCUGCUUCCUCUGUUGCAAGUGUAUUGGAUGCGUCUGCUUCCGCUUCAGCUGUUUCCGAUAAUAGAGGGUUUGCUGGACACCCAGGCGUUAUUGGCCUGAACAAUGGAUUUGGAUUGAAUGGAGUAAACCCUGCUGCUGCAUCUGUUACAGAAGUGACCUCUGAGGCUGAGAGAACUGCAUCCCUAGGAAAUGCUGGGUUUCAAGCUACUGUACCUUACAAUGGACCUAUUGGUCAUCAGGUAUCCGGAAUCAAUUAUCCAUCUGGUCCACUGGUGCAACCAAUCCACAGCGUACAUUAUCCUGAAAACCAGAUAUUUGGUCAGACCUCUGGGGCUACUGCUUCAGCUACUUCACUGGGUGCUGCAGCCUCCUCAGCUGCUACAGGACUAGCUUCAGGUGCCACACUUGGAUAUGGAAUCGGGAUGGGAGCUAUCUUGGGACCCCGUUUAACAAGUAAAGUCGGUGUUCCAGUUUUACAACCAAUCCCAAGUGUUCAAUUUCCUACCAAUCAUGUUUUUGGUCAGAAUACUGGAGCAUCUGCUUCUUCUGCUGCUGUAAGCGGUUCCACCUCAGCUGCAUCUGCUGCUGCUUCAAGUGCCAACAUUAGAUCUGGAAUUAGACUGGACGGAGUUAUUCGACCGGAAUUUCCAAAUACAUUCUGGGGUCCAGUAAAUCAUCCAGUCCAACCUGUAUAUUAUCCUCAAAAUCCUGUGGUCGGUCAAACUUCAGCAUCGUCUGCGGCUGUUGCGGCAGCUGUUCCAAACGGUGCGUCUGCUGCCUCAGCUGCUGCUGUGGGAUCCCAAGGAUUCAGUGAUGGCCAGAUUAUCAGAAGAACAUCUGAAAUUAUCAACAACAUCGUUCCUGGUAGAAAGACCUACUAAAUCUACGAGUACUCAGUAACAAUGUAUUGACUGUGAUUCUCAUCGUUUUCAACCAUGGUGACUGAAUUCCUCCUGUGUUAUUUAUU